AUGUCUUCUUCUCCCACCGACACGACUAAAGCCAUUUCGGAUCUCCCUAUGGCCCCCCUCGCUAUCGCUGGUUCGGUGGCCGCUGCACUCAGUGCUGGAGUUCUCAUCUAUAGACAUCGUCACCAAGAGCUUCCUCUUCCGCGCUCCCUACGUCGUAUAGCGCCAGCCCUACUCACCAGAGCAGGUGGACAGGCCGAGUCGGCUCACUUCAAGAUGCCAGUGUUUGAUGGUCCCGUCUUGUAUGAGAAGGGCGCCAAUGGUCAGAAGAUGGAUAAAAGAUUAUACUGUCAACUCUACGUCCUGGACUGCAUCAACGCCGCUAAGUUGCCGGAGGCUCGAGAGAAGCUUCAGCUCGAGCUGGUCAGAAGGAACAUCCCAAGUGUUAUUUACGACGAUGUGAACAGUCCGAAGACCAUCGGCCUCCUAACUUGGAGUGAGGAUCCGAAACAUUUCCCGACUGUGGUUAACCCCGUCCUCCAGUUGGAGGGUAUUGGUGAUGUAUUCGAACCUAGACAAGGCUGGACCAUGCUUGGCAAGACCUAUUCAAGUGGCCACGAGGCUGACUUGGAGGAUAUACUUCUGAGGAAGGUCAUCCGUACCGUCAGCAUGAAAGGUGCGGAGUACGCCGUAUGGUACCCUAUGAGGAGAGAGGGCAAGUUUUAUAAGGAGAAGCCCGAAGAUCAGUGCCGGAGAUUACUUGAGCAUGCGGCUAUUGGAAGGGCCUAUGGAAAGGCUGGAGUCUGGGAUGUCCGUCUUAAUUGCUAUGGUUUCGACGCCGAUGAUAACGAGUUCAUUAUUGGGCUCAUGAAUAAGGAUCUCCAUCCUCUUAGCAAGAUCGUUGAGGAUAUGCGCAAGACCGCUCACUCUUCCUUCUUUAUGAAGUCUUUCGGACCCUUCUUUGUGGGUCAACGUGUGUUUGUUCAUAUUCCUUCCAACUAGGAUCAACUAUCGGAUCCUAAGGUUUCAGUUCAUGGCCUCGUAUAGGGCCCUCUAGCUGGAGCCACAGCAUCAGCUAUACUGUCAAUUUCCCAUUGUGGGACUUGGUCAUGAUGGGUCGAGAUGGAGGUUUUCCCCGCAUUAACAUAUGUUCCUCGCUAAGGUUCUCGAUCCAUUAUGAUCAUCUGCAUACAAUCGCAUCAAUCGUUACUACAAUCCCUCGUAUCUUGAGGUUAGUCUUACUCC